GCUCUCCAGUCUUGGGCGCAGGUAGCAAGGGAGACAGGUCCAGAAGAGACCCCAGGGCUGAGCCAACUGCCUGCCCCCCCACCAAGGCCACGCCGCCCCAGCCCUUGUCGCCCAUCUCUCUCCAGACCCAACGGGAAAGCCAAGUCCCGCCAGAGAGCUAAAGCCCUUCUCCCUCCGCACCGGCGCCCCCACUCUUUCCCAGCGAAGAUGGUGAGCCCCACCACCUCCGAUGUGCACCCGACUAUGGGGGUGAAGAUCUUCUCGGCGGGGGUGUCAGCCUGCUUGGCGGACCUGAUCACCUUCCCGCUGGACACCGCCAAAGUGCGGCUCCAGAUCCAAGGGGAAAGCCCGACCUCCAGUGGCAUCAAGUACAAAGGCGUCUUGGGAACGAUCAAGACGCUGGCAAGAACGGAAGGCAUGGUGAAGCUCUACAGCGGGCUGCCUGCUGGAAUCCAGAGACAAAUCAGCUUUGCCUCGCUGAGGAUCGGCCUCUACGACACUGUGCAGGAGUACUUCACCGCGGGCAAAGACGCACCAGCUACCUUAGGAAACAGGAUCUCAGCUGGUUUAACAACAGGAGGCGUGGCCGUGUUCAUCGGGCAGCCCACAGAGGUUGUGAAGGUCCGACUUCAAGCACAGAGCCACCUGCAUGGUCUCAAGCCGCGCUACACUGGGACCUACAAUGCUUACCGAAUUAUAGCCACCACAGAGGGCUUCACAUGUCUCUGGAAAGGGACUUCUCCCAAUCUGGCAAGAAACAUCAUCAUCAACUGUGUAGAGCUAGUAACCUACGACCUGAUGAAGGACACCUUGGUGAACAACAACAUACUAGCAGAUGAUGUGCCCUGUCACUUAGUGUCUGCUCUGAUUGCCGGAUUUUGCACGACGUUCCUGGCCUCUCCAGCAGAUGUGGUGAAAACCAGAUUUAUAAAUUCUCCGCCAGGAUUCUACUCCAGUGUACCCAAUUGCGUGAUGAGCAUGUUCACCAAGGAAGGGCUGCCGGCCUUUUUCAAAGGGUUCAUUCCGUCCUUCUUGCGCCUGGCAUCCUGGAACGUCAUUAUGUUUGUGUGCUUUGAGCAGCUGAAACGGGAACUGUCCAAGACGAGGCAAGACACUGCAUUUGACUUGUGGGCUAUCUUGGUUUCUCACUUCAGGGCUAAACCCGAAGAACUUUAACAGGCUGUCAUUAUAACUCCAGCUGGUGAUAAAGGGAAACAGUGAAAUGCCAUUUUAUACUUAUCCAUACUUCAGAAUGAAAAGUUACCACAGAAGAUGGGGCUUUUUGUUUAUUUACCAGUUUCCAGUUAGUAUAUUCAAUAAAGUAUUGCUAAUACCUUC